GCCCAAGGAGAAGUGUGUGCUAUCAGUCCCGGGCAGGACCUUGCAAUAAAGCACUGAGUAAGACACAGGGAACAGCAGGCACAAUAAGCCAUAUUGCAAGUACUGGGACGAGGAAAUUCCAUGGAAUGGUGAAAGGUUCUAAUUAAGACUUCUUUUCUGGAUGGAGACAGAACAAAGAGAAGCAGCUGGAUCCAGGGAGGACUAGGUGUCUGGGCACUUGCCUCAUGCAGUUGAUUGCAGGAGCAGCUGAAAAGCACCAUUGGGUGCAGCUUACCAGAGAGUAAAGGGAUUUCCAGGCUGGAAUAGAGGAUGAUGGUUUUUUUUCUUUGUGAGGGCAAUGGAUAUCUAAAGGAAUACCUGCUUGCUGUCUACAUGGUUACAUUGGUGAUCACCAAAGGAGACGGCUUGCAGUUUCACAUGGGGCUAUCCUGCUGUAUGUGAGAAAGGAAUCCAAGAUAAAGUAUCCUUUAUUGGACGAGUCUUGGGCACAAAGGGAGUCUGAGAGCAUUGAUCUGGGCAGCAUAGACUGACUUUAUUGGGGAGCAUUAUAGAGAAAGAAGGCAUUCCAUGUGAGCUCAAGGGUCCUGUCUCAUCCAUCCCUGUUUAUUUAAGAUUGAUCUGGCAGACACACCAGUCAGUCUGUCUCCAAUCACCAAAUCCCUUCAUGGGGUUAAAGGCUGCCCUUAUUCCCCCAGCAACUAGAACAUCACCACCUGCACUACUCUGAUACUUUGUUGCCAUUUGUGCUGAUGUCUAAACAAUAUGCCUUUACCCAGUGAAUAGAAAUUAGAAUACAGUGAUUUACUGCCCUGUGCAAGUCUGCAUACUGAGGGAUAGACAGGAAGUUUGCUAGCUGCUCUUCCAGCACCCACAAGCAUCCCUUUACAGAGUGGGACAGUGUGGGGGGAGCUCUGGACCCCCAGGACUAGCAGAGACAGGAGUGUCCCUCCUCCUGCACACAAGAGGUGGGGAGAGGCUGCUGCUCAGGACAGACAGGACCUGCUGGGAUCUUCAUCUCUACCUCCAGCCCACAUCCAGGGACAGAGACACGGGAGGGGGGUCUGUGCCAGGGAGAGCUGUGACUAUUUGGUGCUGCUGAGAGGACAUGCUGCCAAGCCAAAGCUGUGCCAUCAACAAAUGUGAAUUGGCCAACCCUCUGGGGGUAGCUGUUGGCUGGAGCCAUUGGGAUAGCCCAGCCUGCUGAGCAGAAGGGAGACUGAGCACGUAGAAGGACAACAAAAACAUCUGAGACACUCUUCUCCCUGCCUCCCUCUCUCUCCCAACCCCCACACCCUCACCCACCCAGCCAGCCAUUGGGCACACUGAAAUAUUAAUAUCAGCACAUCGAUUAUCCCCUGCAGUGGGCCUCCUCCACUGUACCCCCUGCCCACCUUCCCACCCGAACCCUGACACCUCGUUGCUCCGGGACCCUCUGCCUCCCUCCAUCCCUCCCCCUGCCUCUCUCUCCUGGCUCAUUGUGGAACAGGUGCAAAGUGCCGAGUACCGCCGAGGGCUGGCCGGGGCCAUGGAGAGCGAGCGGGACAUGUACCGCCAGUUCCAGGACUGGUGUCUCAGGACUUACGGGGACUCAGGGAAGACCAAGACGGUGACCCGCAGGAAGUACGAGCGCAUCGUGCAGCUACUCAAUGGCUCGGAGUCCGGCUCCACGGAUAACGCCAAAUUCAAAUUCUGGGUCAAAUCCAAAGGCUUCCAGCUGGGGGACAGCGAGCAGCUCAGCCCCGGGAACAAGCAGGUCCUGUAUGUGCCCGUCAAGAGCUCGGAUGGAGUGGGCAUUGAAGAGAAGCUGUCCUUGAGAAGAGUAGCAGUGGUGGAAGAUUUCUUUGACAUCAUUUAUUCCAUGCACGUGGAAACAGGGCCUAAUGGAGAACAAAUCCGGAAACAUGCAGGACAAAAAAGGACUUACAAAGCUAUUUCUGAAACAUAUGCCUUCCUACCCAGAGAAGCAGUGACAAGGUUCCUAAUGAGCUGCUCAGAGUGUCAGAAAAGGAUGCACUUAAAUCCAGAUGGAGCAGAUCAUAAAGAUAAUGGGAAGCCUCCUACAUUAGUGACAAGCAUGAUCGACUAUAAUAUGCCAAUAACUAUGGCUUACAUGAAGCACAUGAAGCUGCAACUCCUAAACUCCCAGCAGGACGAGGAUGAAAGCUCGAUAGAAAGUGAUGAAUUUGAUAUGAGCGACUCAACUAGAAUGUCUGCUGUGAACUCCGACCUCAGUUCUAACCUGGAAGAAAGGAUGCAAAGCCCGCAAAAUGUUCCUGGUCAGCAAGAUGAUGAUUCUGCAGCCGAGAGCAUCAGUGGAAACGAAACACUUGGACAAAGUUCAAACAGUACAGGGGGAUCUCACGGCAGGGAGAUUACUGAAGCCAACAGCAAUGGAAAAGCCUGUCCGGAACAAGAUGAACAACCCUUAAAUCUGAGUGACUGUCCUCUCUCUGCUCCGCUAAACUCUGAAUUCAGAAUAGAAGAUCACAGUAGCAAUGGCAAAACCAAGUACAAAAACCUCUUAAUCAAUGACAUCAAGAUGGAAAGAGAUACCAGAGAGAAUGGAAGCAAGUCUCCGGCACAUAGCUACUCCAGCUAUGACUCUGGUAAAAAUGAAAGUGUAGGGGGAUGUGGUGAAGACCUCUCCUUGAAUCGGGGGGAUGAAGACGACGACGACCAUGAUGACCACGAUGAUGUAGAGAAGGCAACAGAAGCAGAUGGGGUAGAAGCAGAGCGCCUUAAAGCUUUUAACAUGUUUGUAAGGCUGUUUGUAGAUGAAAACUUGGACCGAAUGGUCCCAAUCUCUAAGCAGCCCAAAGAAAAGAUCCAGGCUAUCAUUGACUCAUGCAGGCGACAAUUCCCAGAAUACCAAGAGCGUGCCAGAAAACGCAUACGCACUUACCUCAAGUCCUGCAGGCGGAUGAAAAGAAGUGGUUUUGAGAUGUCUCGGCCUAUCCCUUCACACCUUACUUCAGCCGUAGCAGAAAGCAUCUUGGCGUCCGCCUGUGAAAGUGAAAGUCGAAAUGCUGCAAAGAGGAUGCGAUUAGAUAAACCACAGGAGGAAACAGCUGUAGUCGACAAACCAUUCAAACAAGAGACACCACAGGUCACUUAUACCACGUCCGCAGUCUCCAGCACGCAAGAGGUGUUAUAUAUCAAUGGAAAUGGGACCUACAGUUACCAUAGUUACCGAGGACUGGGGGGAGGCUUACUAAAUCUCACGGAUACUACUAACAGUGGACCCACUGAUCUGAGCAUGAAAAGGCAGCUGGCCACCAGCUCCACGGCACCCAGCAACACAAGUUCCAGACCUCAGCUAAAUCCUACAGAAAUUAAUGCAGUGAGGCAGCUGGUUGCAGGCUAUCGGGAAUCUGCAGCAUUUUUGUUGCGUUCAGCAGAUGAACUGGAAAACCUCAUUUUACAGCAGAACUGAGUCAUACAAUCUCUCUUCCCUGGCCUGGUUUAGUACCGGAGUUCCGCUAAUGACAUUCGUAUGUGCCAGAGUAGGCCCUUCUUGUUCCGGCACUGAUGUGUAGAGGAGUUAAUUACCAUAAUGCCACACUGUUUUUGAUCCAUGCAGUGAUGUUAAGGUGCUGCGGGUGAACGUCAGAUCUCAUUCUGGAGGUCGUUGAUAUGUCCAGCUUUUUGUUCUCGGUGUGUCAGUUUAAAUAUUGCAUAUGUGGCUGUAGAUCAUUAAGUCAUGCAAACCAGUGAAGCAAAUGGAGACAUGGAGAGGUUACACUAGUUCGAUUUCCAAGUGCAAUAUUAGUGGAAUGUGCUACCGACUCUGGAAUUAGAGCUACAAGCUUCGGCAGGACAAUGCCACCAUACACUCAUGCUAGGAAACUUAAUGAAGGAUUGCAUAUUUUUUAAAUAUUGGGAUUUUUUUAAUAUGGUACUUGUUUUCAUGCAGACAUUUUAUUUAUAUUUUGAUAAUCUUUCCAUGUUCUCUAUAUGUGGGUUAAAUAAAUAUUUUUGACCUCCCCCUUCUUCAGCUCAUAGAUACGUCUGACUUCUUAAAAUCCAAAACAAUGAAUAAACCACCAUAGGUGCUUGAUGCUGUUGGGGAUAUUUCUAUUUAGGAUAAAGAGCAUUAAAAGAAGAUGUUCCGUAGUCUAAGUACAAAACAAGGCAUUUGGCAACUAACAUUUUAGCGGUGUCAAUUGUUUUUUUCUGGAUUCUAAAAGGGAUAUCCAAAUAAACCAAAGUACUUUUCAAUUUCCAAAGCUGUUUUAGGGAAAGCGAUCAAGGAAGUUCAGAUAACUUGGCUGCCAGCUGCUAUACAGCACGGGCGUUUAUUUAAGCCAUGUGGUCCCUGAGGAGGUGAGAGAUGUAUUGAAAAGGAUCACCCUUGGCUGCAUUGCCUGCUUAUUUCCGUUGCAGGUUGGUGUUUUCAUGCAUCUUAACCAUUUAGGUAACAGUGGGAUCUAUAGCACCACAUUUCAGAGCAAUUGCUCAUCUGCAUGGCAUAUCAAGCGUUAAUUCUCACAGCUCCAACGAGACUACACAACAUUCCACAAAAAUGAUCCAUUGACUCACACAAAUUAAAAAAAGAGCUUCACACAACAAAAAGCAACUGCCAGUGGUAUGUUUACACAGUUAAACAGUCCCUGCAUCAGUCAUCAGGGAAUAACCUGUUACAUAUAACUCUGGUGGAUAAAAACUCAUUUAAAUAAAUCAGAAAAUUUUCUCUCAUCCUGCUUGUGAGGAAAAAGAACCUAAAUGGUAUGUUCCUUUAAGCAUCAUCGCAUCUGAUUGCAGGAUUCCCGUAGUCCAUACUAGCAAAUUGGAUGUUGUGGAAAUCCUGUUUGCCAAUGCAAACGUACCUAUCCCCUUUCUCUUUGUUGUUAAUUGAUAUGACGCAAACCAGGGAAUGUUUGAAUUUGCAGAGCUUGGUCACUCAGUUCCAUAAUUUCUGCUGCUGUUAACCUGCAAGUCCUUCACUUCCUGGUUGGAUACUAAUGUCUAUUUAAAAUUGAAUUAUUUAAGAGGUUGCAAGUGACAAUCUGAUAUUUUGCACUCUGGUGUGCAUUUUACAUUUGACGAGGCUGCAGUUAACUCUUUGAACACUGGCGGCACAAGCAGUAAAACAGAAGUGCACUGCUGGCUCCUAUUAACAAAAGGGUUAACAGGUUCAGUGCCAGAGGGCCGUGCAACAUAUUGUAAGACAAUGCGACACAUGUCCUCCUCUGACAUUUAAAGGUUAAACCAAGGCCAUUUCACACACUGUGUGAUCAAUAUAACCUCCCACCAGACUGAAGGUGUAUAAACAUUGUAAAUUGAUAGUAAACUCCAACCUCUCUAUUUCCUUAUUUUGUAAUGAUCACUACACAUUAAUGGUGUUUAUUUUGUGCACUGAGUCAUCAAUUUUCACUUAGAGCUAGAGAGUACUUUUGUUCAUUGCACUGUAUAAUAUCUGUUUAGUUGUUUAGCUUUUGUUAAAUAUCAUGUCCCUUGUGCAUUCCUGAAUUUGCCUUAUUUCAUGUAAAAAUGUAAUUCAAUUUUUGACAAUGAGUUUAAGGCACCAGUGAUAUUUUGUACAUAAACAUACCUGUUUUCUAUAGACUGACUGUGAUUGUGACCCAGUAAUGUGCACUUUUUCUUGUAACUGUGGGCAUUGCUGUGCUUUUUUUUUUCUUUGGGUGUUUCUAGAAUUAUUGUUGCUUAUUAAAGAAAAGAAAAUUUUGUGAUACUGUUUGUGAAAUAUAAUGUGAAAGCUAUUGAAUUAUGAAUAUUUUUAAUAUAUUGUACAUUAUUACAGAAAACAUCUUUAUGUUGUGGACCAGUGUUCACAAAUUUCAAUGAA